UGAAGCUUGACUCCUUUUCCCUACCAUUUAUAAACAACAUUGAACUGCGCUACAGAAAAUCGAACUUCUUAGCACAAUAAUGGACACCAUCUCUUUCUUUGUUCUCUCAUUCUUAUUAUUAUCUUCUUCCUUGGUUCUCUCAUCAGUACUCUCAGCUUCUUCCACGGAAAGAGAAGCGUUGGAGAUCAUCAUCGGAGGCGGCGGAGAUGCCCCUAAUCCUCCUUCCCAUUAUGACCACCAUCCUCCCGUCAACUGCCCGCCUCCACCACCACCGCCGCCACCGUCCCGGCUGGAGAAAGCACGGCGGGUGCUUCUGAAAUUCGCCACCACAAUUGACGAUCCCAAUCGCUUUACCAGCAACUGGAAUGGUCCCAACCCUUGUCAGUACAGCGGAGUUAAAUGUGCAACUUACCCAAAUUCAAAAGAACAAGCAGUUUCAGGAUUAGAUUUCAACCAAGCUGGUUUCUCUACUGGUCAAGGUUCAAACUUGGGUCUCUCCGGAAUCCUGGACUCCAUUCCAGAAUUGACAUUCUUCCAUGUCAAUUCCAACAACUUCACAGGAUCAGUCCCCACACAAAUCACUAAAUACCCAUUUUUCUACGAGCUCGAUUUAAGCAACAACAAGCUCCAGGGUAGUUUCCCAAAGGAUGUUCUUUCUUCUAAGAAACUUAUUUUCGUAGAUCUCAGGUUCAACAACCUCACAGGACCAGUCCCUCCAGAACUCUUCAACAUGGAUCUAGACGUCAUCUUCAUCAAUAACAACCAACUCAGCAGCCACCUGCCAUGGAAUUUCGGAGCCACGCCUGCGAGAUACCUCACGUUCGCCAACAACAGAUUCACUGGACCCAUCCCAAGUAGCAUAGGAAAUGCGUCAAACACGUUGACCGAAGUUCUGUUCUUGGGAAACCAGUUUUCAGGGUGCUUGCCUUACGAGAUUGGGUUCCUGAAAAAGGCCAUAGUGUUUGAUGUAAGCAAGAACUCAUUGACGGGUCCAAUCCCAGAAUCUUUCGCUUGCCUACAGAAGAUUCGCUUCUUGAAUUUAGCUCACAACAAAUUCUACGGCGCUGUUCCAGAAUCAGUGUGCGAGCUUUCUGGGAUUCGCAACGAUGGGAAUCUUACCUUAAGGGAUAACUACUUCACUGAAGUUGGACCUAAAUGCAAGAAGCUGAUAAAAUCGAAGGUGCUUGAUGUGAGCCGGAAUUGCAUAAAGGGGCUUCCCAAUCAGAAAUCGCAUGAAGAAUGUUACAAGUUUUUGUCUUACGUGAAGCCAUGUCCGAACGAAUGGUCUCUCAAGAUUGUUCCAUGCAAGAAACACGAUCCCAAGUAUGAUCAUGAAACGUCUUCUUCUCCAGCGCCUGUGACUUACGAGUCUCUGAACCCGACACGGCAUCGUUUAAUGUGAGCCUAAACAUGUUGGGUAGGUAUUGUGUUUGGGCUUGCAUGUAUCUUCCUUCUUUAGCUAAUAUAUUUUUAUUUUGUGGUAAGUUUUAAUUUCUUCUUUGUUUUGUGCAUCAUUAAGGUAGUGAUCUAUGAAUAAGCAGCAGUGUAACCAAUUUGAUUUCCUCAAGUCUAAGAUGUUCAAUACAUUUCUGU